UUUUUCCUCAGUUUUGCAGAAAUUUAUUUAGAGGCAUGUAUUUCGAAUGAAUGGGAAAACUGGUAGCACUUUAUAUUACAGUCCUGUUCCAUAUGUACAUAUAUACUUGUUAUAGUACAAUAACUCGGUAAUAACUACUGUAGGUACUAAACAUGAACCUACGCCUAAACCUAACCAUAAUCCAUGUUACCUUAUAUUAUCCAGUAUUUUCUUAGGUAAGUACACUCUAAGUGCACAUACUGUAAAAUAAAAUGCAUCCAGAAAACCUCAGGGUUUGCCAAAGUGUUGACCAAAUCUGACCAAUGAGAAUUGCAGACAUAAUGGCCAGUUGUCGUUUCAGAUAUCCAAUUCCUCCUUAAUUUUAAACUGACCUGGCUUUUUCUACACCCUUAAAAUGCAUCACAUGUAUUCCUUAAAAUGCUCCAUCAGAGCCUUUGCUAUAGAGCAUACCAUUUGGGAAAGAUGUGUUGUUACAGCAAAGCAUGCUUUCACACCCUGCUUGAUCUUCUUUUCAAAUAAAAGAGUUCAUUAUCAAUUACUAUAUAAUACUGUGAGAUUUAGUAGAUGUAGAUGCAGCUUAUUACUUAGUGGAUUGCUUUGUAAUUACUAUGCUAUUACUAUAAAAGUAUGGAACAUCUUGGCAACAAAUCAAACAUAUCAUCAUCUUUGUAAACCAUGCAUGAUCAACUCUGAGAUAAACUCUGCUGUAUUAAAGUAUCAAACAUUUAUUGAUUUCAAAUCUACUUUAUUCACCUUAGCAUCUUUUACAAACCAAUUAUAAAUGUACAGUAUCAGUCAUAAAUUAGGGGUCUUAACUGAUAAAGUCAUGCUUUUUGGGAGACGUCAUGCCGUCUGUAUUUUAGGCACUGUGCCUGCUUCAUUUUUAAAUCCUAACAAGCUCUUUCAAUGCUAGAACGGAGCACUCUUCUAAAGGGGAUAUCCCAUGGCAACCAAACUGGCACAAGAAUCGUUGCACACAAAUUCACACAAUGACACACAACUAAUACACACACACGAAAUACAAGAACACUGCAAUCGACUCCUGUUUAGUAGCCCCGGGGUCUCAGUGUGGUAAAGCGAUAAUCCUAUCAAACAACAGGUCGAAGUUUAUUAUCUGCAGCUCAAUAUCAGCCACAGGAACACCAGGGCAUAGAGGGCCCCUCCAGAUACAUAGAACGAGAGAGAGAGAAAACAAGAAACUUUUUGCGGUAGCUGGGACAUUUGGUCAGUUUCAUUUGGUUCUGUUGUGAAUGAAGAAUUUGAGUUCACCUCUAGUUGGUGGCAUCUCGACUCACCUGACUACAGAAUAAAGUCAUCUCAGAGCCUGUCUGAAGUGUUGUGUUCAUUUGAAAACAUUCAAAAUCAUUAGCCUGCAUUCGACAGACGGAUAAUACAGUACUGGACUGAGGUGGAUUAUUAUCUGACUGUGGUGUGACAUUGUUCCUGUGAUGGGGAAGACUGGCCAGAGCACGGUGGACCUCAACUCACCCUCAGACGUGAAGCAGGCGUUCCCAAUUGAGGACCUAGAUCACAACACUGUUCCUGUAGAAGAGGAGAAGGAGAAUAAAGUACCAGAUAGAGGAUCUUGGAAGGGAAAAUUUGACUUUUUACUAUCCUGUGUUGGAUACGCCAUUGGGCUGGGAAAUGUGUGGAGGUUCCCAUAUCUGUGCGGAAAGAAUGGUGGAGGAGCUUUUCUUAUACCAUACUUCACUACUCUGGUGUUUGCUGGUAUCCCACUGUUUCUGCUGGAGACGUCAUUAGGACAGUAUACAUCAGUGGGGGGGCUGGGAGUAUGGAAAUUAAUACCCAUGAUGAAAGGUGUGGGUCUGGCUGCUGUGGUUUUGUCCUUCUGGCUUAACAUCUAUUACAUCAUCAUCAUCGCCUGGGCUCUGUACUACCUCUUCAACUCUUUUAAAGCAGAGUUACCAUGGCAAACUUGUGAUAACACUUGGAACACUGAUCGUUGCUUUUCCAACUACAGUCUGAUAGACACCACCAACCUGACCAGUGCCGUCACUGAGUUCUGGGAGAGGAACAUGCAUCAGUUAACAAACGGUUUGGAGGAACCAGGGGAAUUGCGCUGGCCAUUGGUUGGAACAUUAGCAUUGUCUUGGAUUCUUGUCUAUUUCUCAAUCUGGAAAGGAGUGGAGUGGACAGGGAAGGUGGUGUAUUUCUCCGCCACGUAUCCUUACUUCAUGCUCUUUAUUCUGUUUUUCCGUGGAGUCACUCUCCCUGGAGCGAUAGAUGGCGUCCUCUUCUAUGUCACCCCAGACUUCAACAAGCUUUUGAAAUCUGAGGUGUGGUUGGAUGCUGCCACUCAGAUCUUCUUCUCUUAUGGUCUGGGUUUAGGUUCUCUCAUUGCUCUGGGAAGCUACAACUCCUACAACAAUGAUGUCUACAGAGAUUCUAUCAUUGUGUGCUGUAUAAACUCCUGCACCAGUAUGUUUGCUGGGAUCGUCAUAUUUUCCAUUGUGGGUUUCAUGUCAUACAUCACAAAGAGACCCAUUGAAGAACUGGCUGCUUCAGGUCCUGGUUUGGCAUUUUUGGCCUAUCCGCAAGUUGUCACACAGCUUCCCAUGUCUUCACUCUGGGCUAUUCUCUUCUUCUCAAUGCUCAUGAUGCUGGGAUUGGACAGUCAGUUUUGUACAGUGGAAGGCUUCAUAACUGCUCUAAUGGAUGAAUAUCCCACAGUCCUGAGGAAGAGAAAGAAACUCUUCAUCCUCAUUGUCUGUAUUAUAUCCUUUGUCAUCGGUUUCUCCAAUAUCACACAGGGCGGCUUGUAUGUGUUCAAAUUGUUUGACUACUACUCGGCCAGUGGAAUGUGUCUUCUGUUCCUGGUCUUCUUUGAGACAAUCUCCAUUUCCUGGUUCUAUGGUGCAGAGAAAUUCUAUGAAAAUAUUGAAGAUAUGAUUGGUUAUCGACCUUGUGGCUUUUGGAAAUAUUGCUGGAUUUACUUUACUCCAAUAAUCUGCUUGGGUGUUUUCACAUUCAGUGCAAUAGAAAUGACUCCUCUGACACUAGGGAAGUAUGUGUACCCGGCCUGGGGUCAGGGCAUCGGCUGGUUAAUGUCCCUCUCUUCCAUGAUUUUAAUACCUGCAUACAUCAUCUAUAUGUUCUUCUCUACCAAAGGCAGCAUCCGACAGCGAUGGCAUACGAUGACCAAACCCACUGAGAUCACAACCUCGGAAACCAAUGAUCCCACACAACAAUCCACACAGACAGCAAGUACAGAUGAAGCUUCUGUCUGAGAUCAUUUCAUCUUUUCUGUACAAUGGCCAUUAAAGACCAGCAGAAAAAUAACUUUUCCUCCAUUCCAUACUUUUUGUCUUUUGGAGAGUCUACAACAGGUGGAAGUGGACUAUGCACAUGUUCAUCUGAUUUUUGUUCUCCCAUUUUAUUUCCAUACAUGCCUCUCUGAUGUUGCAUAAUGAAAUGUGAGGGGCUGCAGUACCUGUGUCUGUGGAGAAUGCAAUUUCAGUGUCUGACAAUUUCAGUGGUCAGUAUAAAUCUAGAUGCAGUCCAAGCAGUUGAUUGGAAGGUCUACAUAACUGUUGCAUUCCCAUGUUAUUUUAAAUUCCUCACAGUAUUUACCUCAAGAUGAGGAGUGAAUGUUUCUCUUGGUGUCAGCCAUUAUAGUGGCUAAUUUUGAAGGCUAAGUAUGAUUGUUCUUGUCACAAUUUAUUGAACAAAAUUAACUACAGAAAAUUGAAAAUUUUGUCUAUGGAUGACAAUGACUUUUUUUUUUUUUAAGUCAUUAAGAUUUUAGGUUCAAAAUUUGUAUGAAUAUAUAAAAAGGGUAUAUUUUAGAACAUCACCAUUUCACCAUUUUAACAUUCAGUAUUAAUCUUCAAGUGUAGUAAGAACUAAGUGAUGCUAAUGAGCAUAAUUUAAACUGUUUCUGAGGAUGCUUGUAAAUACAUGUUGUUAGUAUUAUUUAAAUAUUGUAAUUGUAUUUACAUGUAGAAUGUGUGACAUACACUAUAAUAGAUAAAAGACAAUAUGUUACAGCAGACAACAUAUUAAUUUGAAAUUAAUGAAAACAAGGCUAUGGGAAAUAGAACAGUCUGUACAAUCCAUUCGACUCUCAAUUAUUAAGUAAGCAACAAAUUAGUCAUAACUUGAAAGGCCUAACAUUGACAUUUCCUGCUGAAACAGGAAGUUUGGGUGGGACAUAUUGAAGGGCUCAUCGCUUUCAUAGACGUGAUCACAAAUCUGAAUUAAAAUUUUAAAAUCAUGGGUCUUUAACUUGUUUUAUUUUGUUUCCUCAUAGCCUCAUUUACCGUGUCAAAUUAAAUAUGCCAUCUUCUCUGAAUGUCUUUAUGAAGUGUUACCAAAGUUACAAAGAGGACUUUUAUUUUGAGGAUAAUAUUUUGAUAUAAAUUAUAGAUUUUGUGAAUUGGUUUCAAAUUCAAUAAAGAAAAAAAAAUAAAAACAAUUAAAACUGAUGCUUCAACAUAAACACAUUAAUAGAUCUAUAUAGAUAGAUGGCAUUCAGCCAUGUGGUUUAACUGUAAAGGUUAGUGAUUUGAAAAUGUUAGUAAUUAGUAAGAAUGUCUUGAGAGGAACUAUGGUCUUAUUUUAUUCUUGCAUACUUUGACAAACACUAACAAUCCAGUAGGGGCAUAGCAGCAGUAUAUGGAAGGUAGUAAUAAAAUAUCACUUUGCAUACUGUGCAUAUUGCUUUAGGUUUAUAUAUAUCCAUUUCAGCAGCAGUUCUGACAGGGGGAAAAAAAUAGACACUAUUAGUUAGCUGACCUCUGUGACCUUUGACCUAUGUUGAUACAGUUCUGCAUUAAAGUUGAAAAAAGGCUCUAUCAUGUGCUUAUACAACAAACCACUCAUGUCAGUCUGAAAAGGACAGCAAAUAAAUAACCAGACCACUCAUGUAGGUCUGGAAUAGACAGAAAACAUGUUUAAUAAUGUGUAAAUCUUCAAUAUAGAAAGAGUAAAACUCACAGUCGGAUAAUGGGACUGACUGCCUUUCAAAAACAUAAUUUGCUAACUCACAAUAACUUUUUGUCAAAAUUAGCACUAAUAAACAUUGAUGUUAUACUUCCUUCAAGCUCUACUGGGGGUUCUGAAAUCUGAAGUGAUUUUGUUCAGAAUAAAAUGGGCCUUUUAAGAUGU